UGGGAAACCGCGUGACAACAAGAUGGCGGCGCCGCGGGACGGCUCGGUGGCCCUGCGGGGGAGUUCCUGACAGCUAAAAUCUAGAAGCAGAACUAUGAGCUCGCCUUUGGCCUCCCUUGGCAAGACCCGAAGAGUCCCCCUGGAGUCAGAGCCUGUGAAUCCAGGGAGGCGAGGGAUAAAAAUCUACGGAGAUGAAGACGAGGUAGAUAUGCUGAAUGACGGACGUGGCUCAGAAGAAAGGAUCUCUGUCCCUUCCUGCUAUGGAGGUAUAGGUGCUCCUGUGAGUAGGCAAGUCCCUGUAUUCCAUGACUCGGAGCUGGUGGCCACCCUGUCGAGGAAGUUGCGGGACCUGGAACAGCAAGUGAAGGCUCAGACUGAUGAGCUGCUGUCCAAGGAUCGGAAGAUACGGGCCCUGGAGGAAAUGUUGCAGACCCUCCGGGAGCACCAGGGCAAGGUCACCCUGCAGCGGCAGAAGCAGCUGGAGACCACGUGCUUGCAGCUGCAGCGGCAGGUGGGGAAGAUGGAGCGGUUCCUCAGUGACUACGGGCUGCAGUGGGUGGGCGAGCCCGAGGACCAGGAGGACUCAGAAGACAACUCAGACUCAGAGGAUGGCAACACAGACUGGAUGACAGCCAAGAAGUUCUGGAAGCCAGGGGACUCAUUGGCGCCCCCCGAGGUGGACUUUGACAGGCUCCUGGCCAGCCUGAAGGAUCUCAGUGAGCUGGUGGUGGUAGAGGGUGACACCCAGGUGACACCAAUGCCCGGGGGAGCACGGCUCCAUGUCCUUGAGCCCAUCCCACUGAAGCUCUAUCGGAAUGGCCUCAUGAUGUUCGAUGGGCCCUUCCGGCCCUUCCAUGACCCCUCCACACAGCGCUGCCUCCGAGACAUUCUGGACGGCUUCUUCCCCUCAGAACUCCAGCGACUGUACCCUGACGGGGUCCCCUUUAAGGUCAGUGAUCUGCGCAAUCAGGUCUACCCGGAGAAUAGGCUGGAACUGUUCCCAGGUGAGGGCCGCGUGGUGGGCUGGCAGAGGAUUCGCAAGCCCGUGGACAGGAUGGAGCCCCCAGGCUCCAGGAUGACUGCUGAGAAGUUUCUGAACAGGCUCCCCAAGUUUGUGAUCCGGCGAGGCGAGGUGAUUGACAUCCGGGGCCCCAUCCGGGACACCCUGCAGAACUGCUGCCCAUUGCCUGCCCGGAUCCAGGAGAUUGUGGUGGAGACACCAGCCUUGGCUGCUGAGCGUGAGAGGAGCCAGGAGUCCCCCGAGUCACAGGCGCCCCUGCUCUCCAUGCUGCGCAUCAAGUCUGAGAAUGGCGAGCAGGCCUUCUUGCUGAUGAUGCGGCCCGAGGACACUGUUGGCGAUGUGCGCACCCUGCUUGCACAGGCCAGAGCCGUGGACGCCACGACCUUCGAGAUCAUCAGUACAUUCCCACCCACGGUCUACCACGACGACACGGUCACGCUGCAGGCCGCAGGCUUGGUGCCCAACGCAGCGCUGCUGCUUCGGGCUAGCCGGGCCCCACCGCCUGCCCCAGGCCCUGGCCCCUGAUCCAAAUAAAGCGCCCGCUCCCACACUGGCUGCUCCGCGCAC